CUUAGAGGUCCUGGCAGGACCAGCACAGAUUUCUUAUCGGCUUCCACACUGCGGAGCCGCAGCCCUCAGAGGUAAGCAAGGUUUCCUGCCGGCCGAAAAGGAUUUGAAGCAUUCCAGCCACAAUGACGGACAGAAGCCCCUUCGAAACCGACAUGCUCACCCUGACCCGCUACGUUAUGGAAAAGGGGCGUCAGGCCAAAGGGACCGGGGAGCUCACCCAGCUGCUGAACUCCAUGCUGACGGCCAUCAAAGCCAUCUCCUCGGCCGUGCGCAAGGCCGGCCUGGCCCACCUGUAUGGAAUCGCAGGAAGCGUGAACGUGACGGGAGAUGAGGUGAAGAAACUGGACGUGCUAUCCAAUGCCCUGGUGAUCAACAUGCUGCAAUCCUCCUACAGCACCUGCGUCCUGGUCUCAGAGGAGAAUAAGGACGCCAUCAUCACCGCCAGGGAGAAGAGGGGGAAAUACGUGGUCUGCUUUGACCCACUGGAUGGAUCUUCCAAUAUUGACUGCCUGGCCUCCAUCGGAACCAUCUUUGCCAUCUACAGAAAGACCUCAGAGGAUGAGCCUUCUGAAAAGGACGCCUUGCAGUGUGGCCGCAAUAUUGUGGCUGCAGGUUAUGCACUGUACGGUAGUGCAACCCUGGUGGCUCUCUCCACAGGGCAAGGUGUGGACCUCUUCAUGCUUGACCCGGCUCUUGGUGAAUUUGUUCUGGUGGAAAAAGAUGUCAAGAUUAAGAAGAAAGGAAAGAUUUACAGCCUGAAUGAGGGCUAUGCCAAGUAUUUUGAUGCGGCCACCACUGAAUAUGUGCAGAAAAAGAAAUUCCCUGAGGAUGGCAGUGCUCCCUAUGGGGCCAGGUAUGUGGGCUCCAUGGUGGCUGACGUGCACCGCACCCUGGUCUAUGGAGGAAUUUUCCUGUACCCAGCCAACCAGAAGAGCCCUAAGGGCAAGCUCCGGCUCCUGUAUGAAUGCAAUCCCGUGGCCUACAUCAUUGAGCAGGCAGGAGGCUUGGCGACCACGGGGACCCAGCCUGUACUGGACGUGAAGCCCGAGGCAAUUCACCAGCGAGUCCCCCUCAUUCUGGGGUCCCCAGAAGAUGUGCAGGAAUAUCUCACCUGUGUGCAGAAAAAUCAGGCAGGCAGUUAGCAAGCUUCACCCCACAUGCUCUCCUCUCUUUGUCUUGUACCUUGUCUAAGGUCCCUAAAUGAAUGAUAAACAGAGAUGGUAGCAAUGAGUAUACAAAAGGUAAAUCCACUUAAUCACAUACAGAAGAGCAACAACAAACUGCUUGUGACAGGUUUGGAAGCCACAGGCGAUUCUGUGGUCAAUGUGAAGGACUAGAAAUAAAGAUCCCACAUGUGGAAAGAGCGA